CUUAAAGUUUUUGACGCAAGAGCUGCAUUGCAAGCUUUAUCUCUCUUCUCUUGCGUCUUCCUCACCAAUUCGCCCUCUCGACAUUCGCAGCGCCUUCAGACAGUCCUGAAGCGCCCUCUCGCGCGCGCGAACAGUCACCAUGCAGGGCGUCGUGCGUUCUGGCGCUCGAUUGGCAGCACGCUCGUCCCGCAGAGUCACCGCGGCUCCUGGAGCUUUACGCACACUCCCCCGAGCACUCGUUGCGACUCCGACCCGCCUGUAUACCUCCUCCGCCGACAGUCGAGAUGCCACGUCCAUGCGGGCCGCCUUCCUGAGCUUGCUCGGAAGCGUGAGCUCACGAAGAGAGAUCGACCAGUACCUCGCCCAGUUCCGAUCCGUCUCCUCGCAACAGUUCGCCGUAGUAAAAGUUGGAGGGGCAAUCCUUACAGACCACAUAGAUACGCUAUGUCUGGCCUUACAGCACCUCUAUGCCAUGGGGCUGUAUCCCAUCAUCGUGCACGGCGCGGGGCCCCAGAUGAACAAACUACUUUUGGACGCAGGCGUCGAGCCCGAGUUCAUUGACGGGAUCAGGGUCACCGACAAGAAGACGCUAGGGAUUGCCCGCAAGCUGUUCCUGGAAGCCAACAUGGACCUGGUGCUGAAGCUGAGGCAAGAUUGGGGCAUUCCGGCACGGCCCAUCACUGCCGGCGUUCUUGAGGCGGACUAUCUAGAUAAAGAGAAGUGGAAGUAUGUUGGAGAUAUCACAAAGGUCCACUCCAGGCCUAUAGUGGACGCCUUGAAGGCCAAGGAACUGCCCAUCCUGUGCUCCAUGGCGGAGACGGAGGACGGCCAGAUCUUGAACGUCAACGCCGACGUUGUGGCAGGAGCUCUGGCGCGAGCGCUGGAACCAUUGAAGAUUGUCUACCUGUCGGAGAAGGGAGGUCUGUUCAACGGCGAGACCGGGAAGCUCAUCUCAACGAUCAACUUGGACGAGGAAUACGACACCCUCAUGCAGCAGUCGUGGGUGAAGUAUGGCACGAAGCUCAAGAUCGUAGAAGUCAAGAAGCUGCUGGACGACCUGCCCAAGACCUCCAGCGUUGCCAUUAUCCACCCUCAAUACCUCGAGAAGGAGCUUUUUACUCAUACCGGAGGUGGCACCCUAAUCCGAAAGGGCGAGAGCAUCCAGACGGUGACCAAGUUUGAGGACUUCGAGGAUAUCACGACUCUCCGGGAAGCCCUGUUGAGGGACCGUGAAAGCAUGGAUUCCGGAGAAGUCAUCGACCGCUAUCUCAACAACCUUAAGAGCCGACCGUUCGAAGCUUUCUUUGACGACUCCAUGGGUGCUGUCGCUAUCGUUUACCCACCGUCAGGAGACUCCGAGUUCGCUCAGCUGUCUACUUUCACUACGACCAAGGAUGCCUUCCUGACGAAUGUGGCGGACAACAUCUUUGAGCGCAUGAAGAAGAAGUACCCGAAGAUGUACUGGACUGUCGAGACCCAGGACGAGAACCUCGGGUGGUUCAAGGAGAAGGCAGACGGCACCCUCCGCCGAGAUAGAGAAAUCUUCUGCUUCUGGGGACCAGCGAACCCAUCAGAAGUCGUUACGCUGAUGAGCGAGUUUUCGCAGCAUGGCAGGGCAAUGUUUGGUGAUCACAACCUUGAGUCGCAGCUACGUAGGGCUGCCGACUACGCCGCCAGCCUGAAGCAUGGACAGCAAGCCCGUGCCUACUCAACAAUGGCUGCUGGCCGCCCAACUAUGGGUCAGUCCUCAAGGCCGAGCUUGAGGUUAAACAGGAUAGCUCCUUCGCCGGCUCGAGGUUUCGCUACAAGCGCACCGCGCUCCGUCGAGACCACUAAUCCUAACCCGCCGUACGGUAUCAAGUUCAAGAGCAAGGACUGGCCUUCAAAGAUUGCCCUGAUCGGUGCUCGGGGAUAUACUGGACAAGCGCUCAUCGAUCUCCUCAACCGACACCCCAACAUGGAUCUCCGACAUGUGUCAUCACGUGAACUCGCUGGCAAGAAGCUCGAAGGCUACACCAAGCGCAACAUCACCUACGAGAACCUCUCGCCCGAAGACGUGAAGAAGAUGGCAGAGAAGGGCGAGGUUGAGUGUUGGGUGAUGGCACUGCCCAAUGGUGUAUGCAAGCCGUUCGUAGAGGCCAUCAACGAAGCCGGCAAGCCGGAUGCUGUGAUCAUAGAUCUGAGUGCCGACUACCGCUUCGAUUCGACUUGGACGUAUGGCCUUCCGGAGCUCGUUGACCGCCGUAAAAUUUCCGAUGCUACGCGGAUAGCAAACCCCGGCUGCUACGCCACCGCUGCUCAGCUGGGUAUCGCGCCGCUUCUUGAAUUCAUCGGCGGCCAGCCCACGGUUUUUGGUGUCUCCGGCUACUCAGGAGCAGGAACCAAACCCAGUCCGAAGAACGAUGUCAAGAACCUAGAGAACAAUCUCAUCCCUUACAGCUUGACGGACCACAUCCACGAAAAGGAAAUCUCGUCACAGCUCGGUAUUGACGUAGCAUUCAUCCCGCACGUCGCCGUCUGGUUCCAGGGUAUUCACCACACCAUCUCCAUCCCUCUCAACCGCACCAUGUCCUCCCGCGACAUCCGCAACAUCUUCCAAGACCGCUAUGCUGGCGAGAAGCUCGUCCGCGUCGUCGGCGAGUCCCCGCUCGUAAAGAACAUCUCCGGCAAACACGGCGUCGAGAUUGGCGGCUUCGCAGUCCACAGCUCGGGCAAGCGUGUCGUCGUGAACGCGACGAUCGAUAACCUGCUCAAGGGAGCCGCGACGCAGUGUCUGCAGAACAUGAACCUGGCGCUGGGCUAUGGCGAGUAUGAGGGUAUCCCUUACUAAUCUGUCAGUAUGGAGUGGAGGCAGAAGCAUUGGCGAAGCUGACUUCGAAGCGCGGCUCAUAGACCGUUUGUCUCUUCACAAGCUUGUUGGAUUAAUGAUUAGAGCACAUAUCCGGGCGCGACAUCCUAGACAGGCACCAUUUUCUUGUAUAUAUCCUUCCUUAUUCAGCACAGGAGCGGGCGCGCGCGUGUGUAUGUUUAGCUAGCCAGCCCUCCCGGCGUUGAAUCGUGUUUGUAAAAGUCUUUUAUUCACUUUCAGCCAAUACAGAGUUCUUGACUUCGUGUCUGCUGAGAUUCGCGACACACUAUUGUACAACAGGUUUACAGAUUACAUGACAUAGUGGGGCGUAUUACCCUUUGGCCGUCCAAUUCCCAAAUCCGCACCAGAAACGCCGCCGC